AUGACGGAUGCCGACGGGGUUCCUGCGUCCGCCCGCCAGCGGGAGCAUAUCCUCCUGCGCUCGCUGAGCGGCCUGCUGCUGAAGUGGCGCGAGAUCGUCAAGGUGGCACAGCACUCCCCCGACACAGCUGCGUACCUCUUCGGCAUCCCUCCGCGGGGGAGCUCUUCGCCCAGACGCGGUCAGUUGAAUGCUGAGCACAGGAACGGCGCGCUUGCUGAAGUCGCGGGGGCCCCGGUCCAAGCUGCACGGCGGGAGAGCGGGGACAGCAGCGCGUCGGCCAAUACAGACGUAGCUCUGCAGGAUUUAAUGCCUUCUAUCGCGUGGAUUUUUAAGUUGCAGGCGCGGCAAGUGAUUGUGCCGAAUGGGGCUGCUUCCUCCACACCGCAGCAGCGGCAGGUUGGUGGCGCUGAGGAAUUGUUGGAUGACGACUUGCUGGGAGAAAUUGUCACGUCCAUGCACACCGCUUUUGCGGGAAUGAAAGCCCUGCUGAAAGCAGUACAGCAGCGCAAAGAGGCCGCCUUGGAGAAUAGAGACAAGGAAGAAGAGGAGGAGGAAGAGUAUUACAGAGGGGGCGAGGAGAGGGCGCUGGCACCGCACACGGGUGUUGCAAAUGGGGGCAGUACAAAAACGGCAAACAAUGCAGGCCUCUUGGCUAUGUUCGCGACGCUCUUCGAGAACGACCAUCGGAAGCUGCGAGACACCUUGGUGGAGAUGCAGGAUCACCUCCUCCGGCGCAUGUCGUACAUCAUGACGGAGGUGCUGCACGAGUUUCAGGGAGUGAAGCAGGGCCUGCGAGACUCAGUGGAGCUGUGCGCCAUGCAGAAGAUGCGGAUUCACCGCCUCUCAACGGAGCUACACGGUGAGGACCACACGCGGUCAAGCGUUAUGACAGCGCGCGGUGCCUCCUCCCCGCGCAUUCCAAGAAGGUACGGUGCUGUAACUCCCAACAAUGGGGCCGAACUCUCCUACGGCUUCAGCUCGCAAGGCUCCUCGCCCGCCGUGUCGCAUGCACAGCGGGGACAGCAGCUGUUUCUUCACCUGUGGCAGCCUCUGCUGGGCAGUGAAGAACAACAGCACACCGCCCAGCAGCCGGAGGCACAGCGUGCUUCCAACCGGGGAAGUUCCGCCGCGUUCUCUAUUGGUGGGUGGGACGUUUUGGUAAAUGGCUCCAGCAGCAACAACAACAACAUCAACAACGAGGACGAAGAUCGGGUGUUGGAGAGAACGUCUUCCACGUGCUCCUCUUCGGUAAAGUCGCCUGCACCACUCGGCUUCACGAUCUCUGCCGAGGAAGGAGAGCAGCAGGACCAGCAGCAGCUGAAUAACGUCGUGGAAAACAACAAGAGCGUGCUUCCCACCCAGCGCAACUCGCUCGACUGUCAGGACCUCCCGCCUCGACCCGGGCUGUCGCCGAGUCUGCCGCGGCUGCACGUCACUAUGUCGCCGUUGCAAGUCGCGCGCACGCAAGCGGGGCUGUGCAGCACAUACGUCGUGCCGCAUUUCGGCUUCAGUGUAGAGGCGACAGAGGUAGGGACGCUGCACCCGCACGUAUUCCUGUGUGUGACCAAGGUGGAAAAGGAAUCACCCGCGCAUGAGGUCGGACUCUCUGUUGGUGAUGUUGUGGCUGCGAUAGAUGACGUGGAUGCGUUUCUGAGUGUUGCUGCGUGGGAAAGUUUCCUCGCACGGUUGUCCCUCCGCCCACCAAGUACGUUGCGCGUGAAGACGGCUGUGAAAAACGAUCCUGCCUCUGUCAGCACCGUCGUCAUGCGGGUCCCCUCCACUUCGCGGAGCCUGACGGAUAAAAGUGAUGAAAGUAACGAUGAGUGUGGAGAUCCGUUGUGCACACGCUCGGUGGAGCCCUUGCCUGUUUCGGGUUCCAGCAGCGCACCACUCCCGUGCCUGUCGGGCUCGGGAUCACCUCUCUCACCCGCACCGCUGCAGCCUGCGGCGGCGGCGGCGGCAUCAAUGCGAACUCUAUUGCCCACAGGAGCGGGAUCGGCCUUGGCAAAGACAUCGGGGCCGCAGCGGGGGCGUGUGUUCCGCGUCACUGGUAGAGUUAUCCAUUGGAAUGAGGGGCAGUCGCCGCUCAUCGAGGAGGAGCGCUCCGCUGUCUCCAGAACGGCGGCCACGUCUGGUGCGGUGUCACCUUCCAGACCGCCACCCCCACACCCCUCCGAUGUGUAA